AUGCAGGACGCACAUGUGGCCUUUGCAGGCAGAACAGCACACAAGAUCCGCAGCAUAGCCGUCGUCCUCAAGGAACUCGCCCUCUCAGCCCUCGACGACGAGAAGCGGGCAAACUGGGCGCUGCUGCGGCAAGUGGAAAAAGCCGCAGACUUUACGGGCCCGGGCUUGGGGCUGACCAGCGGGAGUGCGCCUAAAGCCGAGAAGAUUGGUGCCAUCGUCGGCGUUGCCUUUGCCGAUCCGCACUUGCACCGCUGGGCCGCGCCCGAGCCCCACUCCAGCGGCGGCGACGACGAGUUUGCCGACGACCGCGGCGCAGGCCGCAGCGACGGUGGCGCCCCAGGCACCCGCUCCGCUCCGCGGCGCCACCACUGGAUUGUUGUUGUCGCCGAGUACCGCGUCUUUAUGCUCGAGUACACGUCGUCGGUCGUUCAUGUCCUCGAGCGCGUCCAUCUGGAAAAGCCCGUCGCGGCCUUUGCCAUGCUCCACGCCUGCUAUCAGAUCGUCCUCGGCGGGACCGACGGCGUCAUCCGUGUCUGGGACGCUGCCGAAGAGCGCAUGGUUGCCCGCCUCUCGGGUGCGCACACAAAGGCCGUGAGCCACCUCGUCGUCGCCUCGGCGCAGAAGCCGAUCCUCAUGUCGGCUGCCUCGGGCGAGGUCGCCCUCUGGGAUCUGGAGAGUGAGACCCUUCUCCAUCUCAUCCCCAAAGUCCACUCCGGCUCGCUGCUUUCCCUCGCCGUCGGUACCGAUCCCGCCCUCAUGUACUCGGUCGGCUCUGACAAGAAGCUUGCCGUCUACACCGACGGCGACGGAGGCCACGUCAACCUUGUCUCGCUGCCAUCAAAGGCACCUCCCGUUGUUGCUCUCACGCCUGCACGCUCGCCGCGCUUUGGCUCCGCCUCCAUGCUUGCUAUUCGCGAAAAGGACUCGCAUCUGUACGUCGUCCGCGUCGACGGUGCCGCAGCUCUCGUCUCGCCCAUACUCGAUCUGCGCCGUCUGCUCCUCGACAUUGCUCCGGGCCUCAAAAAGAAGGACAAAGUGCGGCUCGUCCACUGCGAGUCCCACAGCCUCCACUCGCACGAGAUAAUCGUCGCUACCGCAGACGCUGUCUUGGUCGUCGCCCUCGACGCCUCGUCACACGACGCGCCGCCGACAGCCAUUGCCGGCGUCGCCCCCUUCCGCGCCCUCGCCACCGCUACCCGCUCUGCCUACAUGCUUGUAGACGCGUGUCUUGCCUCGCUUGCCCUCUCUGAGAACAUGCUUCGCGCCGGCGCCUAUGCCUCUGCCGCCACUGCAACGCACUUGGUCCCUCUCGCUACUCUGCCACGCUCCGGCGUUGCCAAGCUUGCGCUCUCGCCGUCGGAAAAGUACCUUGCUGUGCUCUUUGCCGACGCUCGCGAGGCCGUCAUUUACGACACCUCCUCCUGGGCCGUUGUCCACCGCGCGUCCGCCGUCCUCGACCUCGCCUGGGCUUCUGGCCUUGAUCUCGACGCCUUUGCCGUCUGCUUGCAGGCUCCGCAAGACGCUCGCGACGCCAUCCUAGCCGACGUCGCCGUCGCCGAAAAGAGCACCAAGCGUGAGGCGAGGUGGGACGUCAAGCUCUCCAGCCUUGUCCCUCCACGCCACGGCGAGGCCCUCGCUGCCACUGUCUCCGUCUCUGUCAUCGACUCUGCUGGCCAGGUCUCGGUCACUGCUGCGUCGGUUGCGCUGCCUGCCAUGCCCGACCACGUCGCCUCACUCUCGUCCGCCACACCCGCGUCCGACUCGGGCCUGCACCCGCUCGCUGCGCACCCUGCCGUCGUUCAACUGUUCUCAGGCCCGCUGCUCGGCAUUGGCUUUCUGCGCCCCGAGCGCCGCCUCGCACCCACGGUUGAGCCGUCGGCGGCCGACGGCGCGCCCCGCUACGAGUGGCGCCUUGUCCGCCACCUUGUCUUUGUCGACUGGUCCGAGCACAAGGUUGUUGGCCACCCCAUGGAGCUGCCGCGCGCGUUGGUGUGGGAUGUGUGCCACGGGGCGCGCGUCGCCGUCGCCUACGACUCUCACCUCGUUGUCGCCGAGGCCGGCCCUUCCGGCGUGCUCGAGUCGGUCUGCAGGGCCCCGUUCCGCCUCACCUCGGCGGUCUGGUUCAACAACUCGUUGCUGUUCGCCACCGCAAGCGAGAUUCGCGUCCUCUUCCCGUCGCGCCUCGCGGCGUCCACCUGGCUUCUGGCCUCGUAUGCUGUCCCACCCGCGCUCGCCGGCAGCUGCGGGCCUGGCCAGGGCGAGACCGCGCUCGCCGACCAGCUCCGCCCCGCCGGCGCCAUUGCGCUCCUCGGCGUCGUCGACGACGCCCUACUUGUUCUCGACACCCGCAACCGGGUCACUCCCAUCUCGCUCGCUGCAGCCGCCCUCAAGUUCCGCCUGCUUUCCACCGCUGGCGAACACGCGGGCGCGCUGCAGUGGGCACAGGUCAUCCACGCAAGCCACUGCGCCGAGCUCGCAGCCUUUCUCGAGGCCCGCGGCGCGGUCGCCUCGGCCCUCGCCGUCCCGCACCUCGAUCUCUGGUCGCGCUUUGCCAUCUGCAUCCGCGCCGGCGAGCUUGCCUCGGCCCUUGAGUGCGCACUGGAGCGCGCCCGGGCCGUGGGCAAGGUCCUGCUCGACGUUCGGACCGCAGCUGGUGCUGCCGAUGACGACCCCGCACACGAAGCCGGCCACACCUCGCGCGUUCUGGCCGGUGUCGAGCCCAUCCAGCUCCCAGCGCGAGCCCCGCUGCCGCUAUUUGGCUCGCCGCCGCGCUGGGCCGCCGACGAUGCGCUCGACGGCGAGUCGCUCGCCCGCAACGUCCGCGACGCCGUCGCUCACCUUGUCCUUGUCGCCGAGCUCGCGGGGCGUGCAGAGCCAAUGGCGCUCAAAGUCGUCGUCCAGGCCUACUCGGCCGCCGGCGAGCUCGACCCGCGUGCCUAUCUCUCGCUGGCACUGUUCUUCUGGGAGGCCUCACUCGUCGACCUUCUCCGCGCCCUCCUCGACCAGCUCCGGGCCAAAAGCCUCCUCGACGCGGCCAUCUUUGUCGCAGCCCUCCUCGAGGACGGCGAGGAGCUGCGCACCUCCCUAGUCGCCUGCGAUCGACUCGGUGAGGCCCUCGCCGUCACCGAUGGCUGGCGCCUGGGCCAGCGCCACGUCCUCGCCCAAGUGUGGGAGCGUCGGCGGCAAUCUCCCGCUGGCCCGUCCAUCAACAUGAGUGCCGGUGUGGCUGAUCGCGUCAGCCGCCAGUAAAGCAGCCAG